CACGUAAUCAACAAUCCUGCCCCUCGCCAAAUAGUCCCCGCUAGGUCGUCUCGGAUACACACUUUUCCACGCCAAAAGGCCUUCGCUGGAAAGCAAAUGCGCGUCGGCGGUGCGCCGCUCUUCUGUUCUAACGGGAAUGUGGGUUUUCUGAUCGUUUUCUCCUCACGGAUCCCUCCGCCAGGAAUUGCAUUCGCUGAGGCUUCACUUCCGGGUCCGCCAUCUUGUUGCCUCCAUUUCUCCACGAGGGGGGGUUAAAGGCCCCCCAAAUAUGCAUAUAUGAAAAGGCCAAAAAGUAACCGUCAGUGACAGGGAGGCUUAACUAGAGAAGGAAACGGGACCAAACUGGCGGGCUCGGUGGAAGCGCGGCCGGCAGCGUCCCGGACGAGGAGCUUCCUGAAAACUUCUGUUCCUAUGCAUAAAGAUGUCUUUGGUGGACUUGGGGAAGAGGUUACUAGAAGCAGCAAGAAAAGGCCAAGAUGAUGAAGUGAGAACUUUGAUGGCAAAUGGCGCCCCAUUCACCACAGACUGGCUUGGAACAUCACCCCUCCACCUUGCAGCCCAGUAUGGUCAUUAUUCCACAGCAGAAGUGCUCCUUCGAGCAGGCGUUAGCAGGGAUGCCCGGACCAAAGUGGACAGGACCCCCCUGCACAUGGCUGCAGCUGACGGACACGCACACAUCGUGGAGCUGCUUGUUAGGAAUGGUGCAGAUGUGAAUGCCAAGGACAUGCUGAAGAUGACGGCUUUACAUUGGGCCACAGAGCACCACCAUCGGGACGUUGUGGAGCUGCUUAUCAAGUAUGGAGCUGAUGUGCAUGCUUUCAGCAAGUUUGAUAAAUCUGCCUUUGACAUAGCGCUGGAGAAAAAGAAUGCUGAGAUUCUGGUCAUCCUUCAGGAAGCGAUGCAGAAUCAGGUGAAUGCUAAUCCCGAGAGAGCCCCCUCCGGGACUGUGGCUACCCCGUUCAUCUUCACACCCGCAGAGGUCGUCAGCCUUGCCAGCCUUGUUUCUUCAGCCAGCACCAAAACAACCACAGGUGACCCCCACCCCUCCUCUGCAGCACAUGUGUCCAAUCCCAGCACCGCAGUGCUGGCCGCCCUUGCAGCUCUCGCUGCGGCAUCGGCCCCCCUCUCCAACCCCCACAGGGCCACAGCUAAUGCAGAGGAAAUCAUAGAGGGACAUUCUGUUGACUCAUCAAUCCAGCAAGUGGUGGGGAGUGGAGGCCAAAGGGUCAUCACCAUAGUGACUGAUGGAGUCCCCCUGGGUAAUAUCCAGACUGCAGUCCCUCCUGGAAGCAUCGGCCAGCCAUUCAUUGUAACUAUGCAAGAUGGACAGCAAGUUCUAACUGUACCUGCUGGUCAGGUUGCAGAAGAGACUGUGAUUGAAGCAGAAGAGGACGAAGAUGCAGAGAAGUUGCCGCUGACUAAGAAACCGAGGACAGAAGAGACGACAGCCGGUGCGGAGGAAGGCAAGGGAGGUGCCGAGCGAGAGCUCCUCCAGCAGCAGCUCCAGGAGGCCAAUCGCAGGGCUCAGGAGUACCGGCACCGGCUCCUGAGGAAGGAGCAGGAGGCAGAGCAGUACCGCCUGCGGCUGGAGGCCAUGGCCCGCCAGCAGCCCAACGGGAUUGACCUCACUGUGGUCGAAGAGGCGGCGGCAGUCGAUGCCGUUGUAGUUGCCGAGGGAGAGACGGAAGUAACCGGGGCAGGGGGGACGGCAGAGCCACAUCCUGGAGUUUCCAUGGAAACCGUGUCAUCUUAACAUGCGAGGGCCACAACAUGUACUGUGUCCGUCUCUUCCCUCUUUUUAAAAGAAAAUACAGGGGACACACAGCGUCUAAAAGUUAAGAAUGUCCUAAGGAAGAAAACCAUAUCGGGGUCCAGUGCUCGGACUCAGGAGGCCUCUAUGCAACUGGAAAAUUCAAAGCCAAAUUUAGGGGAACACUUCUUCUGAGAGACCAAGAGAAUAAGGACCAAAUUUCCAGCUCACAUCAUUUUUAAGCUUCGAGGUAAAAGAGUGCUGAGUAUUGUGGGUUGAUUUUUUUUUUAAAUAACUUUCUGUCAGAAGAUUUUAAGAUAACAUUCCUAGUGUGAACACACAUAGGGCCUUUAAUAGUCGUACCACCAAGUGACCUUAUAAUUUGCUUUCGGUUUAUGCGUACCGGGUGGAGAAGACGACUACCUGGGAGGGGUGAGGAGCAAGCUUUGGGGAGAGAAGGAAACCUAUCCCACUCCCAAAGGAGCAGCCGCUCCCCCCCCGCCCGAGCUCACUCCCCCUGAAAGAAACCGGCAGCUGCCUCACAAACCCUGCAUCCAGUACGUGUCCAUAGUUCAGAUGUCAGUUGAAGACACUGAAGUGGAAUAUUUGAAAACUGGAAAGGAAAGAAAACAUGUUCAUGGGGGAGAAGUGUAUGUCAGUCCAGAACCCUCCAGGCUGUGCUCCCAGCGCUGGAAGGUGUCCAGAGAGCCUGUGGGGUUGUGAAGCCAUCUGGGCCCGAGGUACAAACUUUGCUCUGGCUGGACUUCAUAGAAUCACCAUCAGGAGGGCCGUCUGUUGCUAGAACAACUUGCUUCCAAACGUGUAUUUAUAUGAUACCACGGUUUAAUACCAACUUUUUCAUUUUGUAAAAUGUUGUGGCAUUUUCGAAGCGUGCCUUUCUGUGGAGUUUACAUGGUAGCCUCUUACUUGCAAAAAAAGAAGGCAGAGAGGUGGGUGCUGAGGGUGUCGGUGGAAUUUUGUUUCUGUUUGACUUCAGAUGAGUAACGUGUCCUGCUUCCUGAAGGUCAGGCCCCGCGCAGGGCUUGUGUGCCUUUUCGGUGCUCGGUGUGUGUGUGUCAGAGGGAGUGAAAAACGGAGGUGCCAUGAAGUAAGGACCCAGGAGUUUCAGCCUGAGAACUUUGUCUGCCCGACUCCCCUCUCUACCCCUGUGCCUGCUCCCUCUGCCUCCGUGCUAUUGAAAGCGGUUCAUUGCUGGGUUUCCUUUGUGUGCCAGUUUGGACGUUUGCUCCCCCCCUCAAAAAAAAAAAAGAAAGGGUUGAUGGCUGGAGAGAGAGUGAGAGAGGUUGUGGAGAGGUUACAUUACAGAAGUUACUGCUUUUGAAAUUGGGCCGUCAUCAUUCUCGACCUGCUUGCUUGCUUUAUUGUAAAUUAGAAGAAGAAACCAGAGGGAGAUGUGCCAAGUAAACAUUUGAAUGACUGUUUAGAAUACGGUUUUCUUAAUUAGCGAUCAUGGGGAAAACAUACAUUUUUAAUUUGGAAUAAAACUUGACGGUUAACAUGGCUCUGUUUACCUUGAUUAGUGAAGUAAUUUGCUGCAGUUUUCCAGAGGUGCAGAAUCACUUGGGGCUCAAAAUAGACGGAAAACAUAACUCCCCAAACCAGAUUUAGCGAACAGAAUUGGCUAUUAGAGGCUUAUGGGCAAAAAUACCAGCUUUGAAAUGAAUCUUGGCUACUGGCCACCAUGACUGGGUUUUCUCCAGGGACUCAGAGCUAACCCUGGGUCUGGGGGCACGAUGGAGUGAGUGCAGUGGAGGAGCACAGGCCAGGGGGAGGGUAAAAUGGUGCCAUCUGCUGUCACACCAUCCUUUCUUUCUUUUUUAUUUUUUUUGCUUGUGAUCCUUUUCUUUUCUCUGAGCCCCCUUGUGAGCCAGGUGCUAACAAUAAACUGCUGUCGUGUGCCUUCGCAGAGCCUUGGCUUAGCAGCAGGGAUGGAGGGACCGAGCACCAUUUCAGAUUUGUUGUAUGUUCUUUGUGUAUAUAUUGACUUUAAUUCCUUCCCCUCCCCUCCUUUUCUGUGAAGGGGGUGGAGGCUAAUUCCCCAGAGGAUAUCCAGGCCCAGCCACCUCACUCCUUGGGGCAGCUUCUGACUGGGGGCGGGAGUUGCCAUCCAGCACUGCCUGGUGAGCCUAGAGGCCUUAUUGCUUUGGGGAACUGUUUAGAAUUCUUAUUAUUCUCUUUCUGUAGGAGGCGAUCAUUCUCAACCUAUAAAAAUCUUUAAUAUAGUCGUUGUUGAUGGUGGGGUCUCUGAGAUAGGGAGUUGGGACAGGGAAAGAGUAAAGGGAAAUGUCUGGAAAGGGGUGGGUAGCAAAAAGGUAUUUGUUGUUAUUUACUUGAAAUACACAUUGUAGCAUCCCAAGGAAAGGAAAUAGGAUUUGAUCUCCAGUUGUAUCGCCUUGGAGAGAAUGGUAGGUCAGGAUCGCUUGAGGUAGUUAGAAGUUAAAUAUUAAGUGCAUUUACGGCAAUGCCAUUUUACGAUUUUGCAUAUCUUUCUGGAUCAGCAAUGGAUGUUGGGAAAACGUAGCUAGAUCCUCUGGGUUGGGGGAUUCAACUGGUUUAUUGGCAAGAUUCGAUUACAGAGAAUCAAAUAACAUUCCAGCAUUCAGAGUUGGUACUUAGGUGGAGAAACCUGGAGCCCAGUAUGAUUGCCACCUUAAAGCUGCUUAAACAGUAUCAGUAUUAAUAUAUGAAUUGUAGACUCGACAUUAGAUUUAGGUCUUAAGCCUUCCCCCAAAAGAGAGAAAGAAAGAAACCUUAACAUUUCUGGUCUUGUUCCUGGCUUCAGGGAAGUUACUUAUAAAUCUAUAAACGAACACUCCUUCCCAUCACUACCUCUGUGGGAUCUCUUCAUUGUAAUGCCGGAGUUGAGGUCUCUUAAUGGAAGUCCGGGAGAACUUGACUUUAGGAUUUCUAUGUUUUGAACCUAGUGCCUUAAAAGAUGUUCUUUUUCUCUGUCAGAGCCAUGUGUAGUUCUCGUUAGUGUCGCAUUUGCCCCUUCUUCAGCCUUACCGUUGAAUUAUUAACAUUUUGUGUCUGCUCAGUACUGUUAGAAAUCUAUGGCAUGCAGAAUGACUUCUUUUCUUUAUAUUGAUGUAAAAGAAAUAAAUUUACCAGAGGGCUCUGUGACCAGGGCCUGUUUAAAACCCCUUUGUUGGGUGUGUAUCCAUGUGUACAUUUAUAGAUACGUACGGAUGUUCCCACCUUUCUCUUUGUUUCUUUGAGGUUCCACUGUAAAGUGCCUGGCAUAACCUGGAAAUACUUCCAUUUCAUUAAACACAUUAGAGGGGGUUUCUGCGGCUUCAUGAAAGGGGCUGAAGAAGAAAGGGCCUUACUUGGGCCCUUGUCUGAGAGGUGCUCUAAUGGACAUGAUGAGAAACCCUGUGAGCGGAGCCCUAAGGAGAGCCAGUGUCCGGCCCUACAGAGCCAGUUGUGUGAACCGAGUUGUGAGUUGUGCGGUGGGGCAGGGUAGGGGUGGGGCCGCCCUCCUGCAGCGCCAGACCCCUUGCCACUCCCCAGGCGGCAGGUAGGCUUUUCGACUGGCACUUGUAGACUUCCUUACAGCUCCAUGCAGGAAAGAAGCCCUGGAUGAAGGGGCCACGGCCCCGAGGAGCAGCCAUUCGGUACCUCCGCUUCCCCAGCUUAGAAGCCUCACCCCUUUGAGAGAGGACCGCUUUGAGAGAACGUGUGUGGCUCUCUCCCAAACAUCAUCAUGGGCUUCCAGAGCUAGAGGGUUACAGGCAUAUAGUGAACUCUUUCCCGAAGUCGAACACCGGGGGGUGGGGAGUCUGUUUUUAUCCAAGUGCUUGUGCAGACAUCUCUGUAUGGCCAGGAAAGGAGCUUCAGAACGGGAUAUAUGUGAUGCAUGUUUUCUGAAUCCGUCUCUAUUUCCCAUGCCAGCGUGUUUCACAGGAGAGCAGGAGCAAGAAGGAUGUGAAUUCGAAUGAAGUAGUUUUGAACCUUUGGUGCUGAAUCCCCCCCCAACCCCCCCACCCCCCGCCCUUGGAGCUUCUUUAGGAUUAGUGGGUGGGGUGACAUUCCUAGACUCCCAUAGCAAUUUGGCUUGUUAAUGGCAGGAAACUGUCAUUCCCUAUCUCUCUCUCCUCCCUCUUCCCUCUAACUACUGCUUCUGUGACCCCAUUGUUCUUAUCUCAUUUCGCCUUUCCCAGGCAUUAAUACUUAAUUAAUAGGUCAUUUCUAAUCUGUGGGCCUUAUCUUUCCUCUUUCCACUCCCCUCCUUCCCUGUUACAUAUUUUCUGUCUAUUCUGAAAUAGUUUGUUUUUGACAGUUAAUCUAGGUCACACCCUGUAUCCCCGUGCUUCCCAGUUGCUUUCGGGCAUCUUGGUCUAUCAGCAGUCAGGGGUAACACUGCGGCUCCCUUCUCUGGCUUUGUCCUGUGUCCUGUCCUCCUCCAAGGUCAUUCAUGUUGGUGGAGGAGAGAAAGAGGGUGGGGGGGGGUACCUAGAUUCUUCUGAAAAUGUCCUCAGUUUUUCAGGUUUUCUGACAGCUUUAUGUACAGUAUGUUGUAGGAAAGCUUAAAUAUACUUCUCUUUUUUAAAUUUAGGAUUUUAAUAGGGUUUGAUUUUGAUGAGGAGGACCACGUGUAUGUGUGGGUGAGCCUUUGUGUGUAUAUAUCCCUGUACAAAUCUAUGUUAUAUAUACAAUUUUUGUACUAUCAUUUCAAAAUAAGAUGUUUCUUAAUAAAAUGUCAAAGUCUUACCA